CAUCUCGAGCCAAACACGACCCGAGACAGUAUCGGAGCAGAGCGAGAGAGAAACCAUUCGAAAUCUCUGUGGAUUACUAUCGCCUUCAAAUAUCGCCAUAUCCUUUGGAAUUAUAAUAUUUGGAGGAAUUUCGAUUUCUGGAUUAUAAUAUAAUUUAAGGACAAACAUGACUCUGGAGGAAGUUGUUGGAUGCAGCAGCACAGACAGAAAAAUGGAAACAGUACGUGAAGCUCUCGAGGAGCUGCUAGUGGCUGCGCAACGACAAAACUGUCUGACAGUUGGAGUCUACGAGUCUGCACAACUAAUGAAUGUUGACCCAGACUGCGUGGUCCUGUGCGUUUUGGCGACCGAUGAAGAGGACGAAAGUGACGUUGCGCUUCAGAUCCACUUCACGCUCAUCCAAGCUUUCUGCUGUGACAUCGAUAUCAACAUUGUGCGUGUGUCCGGCAUGAGGCGUUUAGCACAGGUUCUCGAGGAGCCUCUCUCCACUGACAGCAACGCCAAUGAGCCAAGAGACCUUCACUGCAUCCUUGUAACUAACCCACAAGCUGAGCAUCUGAAGCUGAACGAGGUGGGGAGUUACUGCAAGGAAAGCCGUUGCAGGAACCAGUGGGUGCCCUCCAUUGCCCUGCAAGAGCGUUGAGCUAUUCUCCACUGAAAUGUGCAGAAGAGAAAAGGAAUAUUGAUGUCGUCCUUCUACUGUCAUGAGGACACACUCAUCAAUUAAAGGGGACUGUCUAAUAGUCCAUUCCAGAGCUUUCACUUCCAUGUUUGUGGAAUUCGAAGUGUCGGAGGAUACUAGAGACAUUCGUCCACGUUCCUCAUAAUGCAUGGUCGGUGUUAUCGCCCUUUGGAAGGACCAAAGGAACACCAGGGGUGGUUGUGGACUGUGUCGGACCUCUAAAGGGAUGCAGCAAGGAUGCUACAGGAUAAUUCCAGAUGGCGGCGUAUGGUCGCACUUUGCACUCCACGUGGGGAAUGAAUGAAUAACACGUGACUCAGACCUGACAAUUAUUGUGCAGGUCUACAGAGGAAAAGAACUUCCGCUUUCAAUAGGAGACUGCUAUUAAAGACUGAAUUUGUCUUAUUGUGCUAUUUAAGAAAUAAUGUUUUAUUUAUGCACAACACUGAUGUCAUUCAAAACAGUUAAUAUAUUUGGUUAUUUAUACAUUUACAAAUGUGUACUUUUCUUAUUAAAUAAAUUUCAUGCCUAAUGGUUAAAAAAAA